AUGUCGACACCAGCAAUGAAGGCUGAGGCUGCCAUCCCGGACCUUGACAGCGACUACAGCGGAGUACCAAGUCGAUUGGCUCAAAUAGCUGUGGCUACCAGGUCACGGCUAGAUUCCCAACGAACCGUCCGGGAAAGCACGUCGCGAAAAACCAUUUCAUUGCCUCCGGGAAUGGACAAGGAGCAAUUUGAGAAUGCCAUCAAGGAAUUGAAAGCCUCACUCGGCAGUGAUAAUGUUGAGGUCAAUGAAAAACCACUUGUUGAUGGCUGGUAUAUGCAGCAUCCGAACACCCAUGAUGCAUUCCACAUCGCCGACCAGGAUGACUUAACUUCAAGCGCGGCAGUGUAUCCUUCAGGUACGGCUGAGGUUCAGGUGAUAGUCCGCUGGGCGAAUAAGCAUAAAAUCCCAAUUUAUCCAAUUAGUAUGGGAAGGAAUCUAGGAUACGGCGGUGCUGCUUGCCGAGUGAAAGGUUCCGUCGUGGUCGACCUCGGAAGGAGAAUGAACAAAAUCUUGAAUAUCGACGCCGACAAUGCGUCAUGUCUUGUCGAACCCGGUGUCUCAUACUUCGCACUUUACGAAGAGAUCCAGAAACGGAAGCUACCCUUGUGGAUAGAUUGUCCAGAUCUGGGAGGGGGUAGUGUCCUCGGUAAUGCUAUCGAUCGCGGAGUUGGAUAUACCCCCUAUGGAGACCAUUUUGCCAACCACUGUGGAAUGGAACUCGUUCUUCCAACUGGAGAACUUCUCCGAACAGGAAUGGGAGCAAUGCCAGGGAAAGAUGGGACUGACAAUCCAACUUGGCAAUCUUUCCAGGCAGCUUACGGGCCAUAUGUCGACGGAAUUUUCAGCCAGAGCAAUUACGGCAUUGUCACCCAAAUGGGAUUUUGGUUGAUGCCCGAAACUGGCCACCAGUCCUAUAUGGUCACAUUCAAGCAUGAAGAAGAUUUCGAGCACAUCGUUGAGGCAAUUCGGCCCCUGGCUCAGAAGAGGAUAUUGGGCAACGUACCGCAGUUACGACACGUCAUCCAAGAACUGGCGGUAACAGGCAAACCGCGAUCCUUCUGGUACAACGGAAAGGGGAAAAUGCCGAGAGAAGUGAUCAGAGAAGCUGCAUCGAAGUUGCCAUGCGGUGACAUCUCUUGGGUGUUCUAUGGAACACAAUAUGGAGACCAAGCUUCCAUUGAUUCGCAAUUGAGGAUCAUCAAAUCAGCAUUUGGCAAGAUCGAAGGCUCCAAAUUCCUGCUACCAUCCGACCUUCCACCGGAGCACUACCUUCAUUCACGGGUCCAAGUAUGCAGUGGAGUACCAGUUCUCCGAGAGCUAGACUGGCUGAACUGGAGGCCAAAUGCAGCCCAUCUAUUCUUCUCUCCCAUCACUCCGACCAAGGGUAAAGAUGCCAAGGAGAUACACAGUGUCAUCUCUGAGCUACAUGAAAAAUGGGGGUUCGACGUCCUACCAACGAUCUGCAUAGCGGCGCGAGAAGGCCAUUACAUUUCCAACAUCGUCUAUGACCGCUCAGACGCGGACGAGAAACGUCGUGCAACUGGGCUGAUGCGAGAAAUGAUCAACGAGGCUAGGAAGCUGGGAUUCGGCGAGUAUCGGACACAUCUAUUGUUUGCAGACCAGGUGGCUGAGUCCUAUAGCUGGAACAACGGUGCGCUGCGAAAGUUCAACGAGACCAUCAAAGAUGCGUUGGAUCCCAACAGCAUAUUGGCACCAGGGAGAAACGGCAUCUGGGGCCAGAAAUUCAGGUGUAAAGGAUGGGAGAUUCUGGAGGGCGAUAAGAGAGAUAUGCUGAGAGACGGAGUGUCACCUAAACUUUAG